AUGCGCCCCUGGCGCAACAACGAACUUCCAAUCCCUAGAAAUUCAAACACGGCUACUUUCCUGCCACGCAAAAGUGCUCAAUCGAUCCCCUUCUCCUCUAACAAACUACUAGAAAUUUUCAACCAUUUUUCAGUGAAGCCAACAUCUGUGGAAGCCAAAACAAUUAAGCAAACAAUCGAAGAGUGUGAAGCUCCAGGCGUUAAGGGAGAGGAAAAGUAUUGCGCCACAUCUUUAGAAUCAAUGGUUGAUUUUAGCACUUCGAAGCUUAGAACAAGAAACGUUCAAGCAAUCUCAACGGAGGUAUUGGAAAAAGGAGCCACCAUGUCCAUGCACAAGUAUACAACAAUGCCGGGACUGAAGAAGCUGGCAGGUGACAAAGUCAUUGUGUGUCAUAAGCAGAAUUAUCCCUAUGCUGUGUUUUACUGCCAUGCAAUAAAACCAAUAGCAGCUUAUGUUCUCUCCCUGAAAGGUGAUGAUGGGGUGAAGGUUAAAGCAGUAGCCAUCUGCCAUCUAGACACAUCAGAAUGGAACCCAAAGCAUUUGGCCUUCCAAAUCCUCAAAGUUAAGCCCGGAAAAAUUCCCAUCUGCCAUUUCCUUCCCACUGAUCAUAUUGUCUGGGUUCCGAACCACAAAUCUGCAUAA